AUGGCUUCCAUCGCAGUCAUCGUCUGGUCCCUCUACGGCCACAUCUCCAAGCUCUCGGAACCCAUCAUCGAGGGUCUGAAGAAGUCGGGCGCCAAUGUUGAGGUCUUCCAGUUCGCUGAGACUCUCCCCGGCGAGGUCAUUGAGAAGAUGCAUGGCAACAAGGAAGCCACUGCCUCUCUCCCGGUGAUUCAGCCCGACGACCUCAAACGCUUCGACGGCUACGUCCUCGGUUUCCCCACCCGUUACGGACGUGCCCCCGCGCAAGUCUCAUCCUUCUUCGACCAGACCGGAGCUCUUUGGUUCUCUGGCGCCCUGGUCGGCAAGUUCGGUGCCAUCUUCACCUCGACUGCUUCCCAGCAUGGAGGACAGGAGACGACUGCUCUCACCACCAUUCCCUGGUUUGCCCACCACGGCAUCAUCUACGUUCCUCUUGGCUACAUUGCACCUGAAUUGAAUGACGUCGAGAGUGUGGGAGGAGGGUCUGCCUGGGGCGCUUCAACUGUCGCUGGCGAUGGCAGCAAGCAGCCCACCAAGAAUGACCUCAGCAUUGCCUUGCAGCAGGGUACACACUUUGGCAAGGUCGUCAGCCAGUACGUCAAGGGAGCCGCCAAGUAG